GUUGCGAGGGCGGGUUCGACACCACCGCUGAAAUCGGCUCGGCGGAGAAGAUGCUGCUGGACUUGUCGGAGGAGCAUAGGGAGCACCUGGCUUUCCUGCCGCAAGUGGAUAGCGCGGUGGUCGCCGAGUUCGGGCGCAUCGCGGUGGAGUUCCUGAGGCGAGGGUCCAACGCCAAGAUCUACGAAGGCGCCGCCAGAAAACUCAAUGUGAGCAGUGACACUGUCCAGCAUGGUGUGGAAGGCUUAACCUAUCUCCUCACUGAGAGCUCGAAGCUUAUGAUAUCUGAACUGGACUUCCAAGACUCUGUUUUUGUUUUGGGAUUCUCUGAAGAAUUAAACAAAUUACUGCUUCAGCUUUAUCUGGACAACAGAAAGGAGAUCAGAACUAUUCUAAAUGAACUAGCACCUGACCUUCCCACUUACCAUAGCCUUGAAUGGCGACUAGAUGUGCAGCUUGCAAGCAGAAGUCUCCGGCAACAGAUUAAACCAACAGUGACUUUCAAGCUGCACCUUAAUCACAAUGGCGAGCACAACACCAAAGUUCUGCAGACAGACCCAGCCACCCUGCUUCACUUAGUUCAGCAACUGGAGCAAGCCCUGGAGGAGAUGAAAACAAACCACUGUAGGAGAGUAGUCCGCAACAUUAAGUAGUUCCUGCUUUAAGAUAUUACGCCUUUAAAUCAUCUUUGAACUGCUGAUAUGUAGGAAUUACUUUCCAAAGUUAAUUUUUUGUUAAUUGAUGGUGAUGUGUAUAGAUUCCCAUCUUUUACUGUUCACAGAUACUG